UUACGCAUUACCUGUUUAAUGAUAACUGCGCUAGUGUUUCUCAGUCAAAGUAAUGGCGUUCAUAGCAAUGAUGAUUUUUCAAUGGAAAUAUUAUCAAACCAUUUAGCAAAUGGAGAUAAGGAACAUCGGAGAUCACGAUCCAAGUGGCACCCAGGAUAUGAAAUGAAUUGUUGUGGUGAUCAACCAAAAGAAGAAGACAAGAAGGAAAUGAUAGAAGAAUGUUUCCAAAGUAUAUUUAAAAGUGGUUGGCCAAAAAGUCAAGAAGACAAAUUAAAUGCGAGAUGGUGCCUAGCAAAAUGCAUUGCGAAAAAGCGGAAUUUGGCUAAUGAUGAUGAAAUUGUUGACAAAGCAAAUUUCGUGGAAGAAUAUAAAAAAUUUGAUCCUGAUACAUGGCGACAAGAACAAAUGGAAAAAUCUUAUGAAAUUUGUAUUGAAGCGUCAAAAAAAUUCACAAUUAAAAUUGCGGAAAAGCAGAAAAAUAUUAGUUUUGUAUGUGAUCCACAAACCUCUGGAUUUUUCCGAUGUCAAAUGCGUGAAAUAUUGUUAAAUUGUCCAAAUGAUAAAUUUAAAGCCAAUAAUCAAUUUUGUACAAAGUUAAGAGAAAAAUUAGAGAAGGAACAGGAGGAUAUGUAAAUGGUCAUUAUUUCGCCUGAGAAAAGGCAAUGAUAUAGCGGUACAUUUACAAAAUUACAUAUUUUUAAAAAUAAUGUAA